AUGUUAAAAUUCAAUGGAUUCAUUUCGUUUUUGGUAUUGAUACACUAUUUGAUAGAAUUUCAGCUGCUCUUAGUUAAAAAUCUAUUAAUAAUCUUGAAUGAUAACCCAUCAGAUCCAACCCUGGAUGAAGCUGCAUUAAAUCAAAUUUCAAUAUGUUCUGGAGUUUUGAUGAUCAAUAGAAAGCCAACUUUGACUGAAGAAUCUGAACUUAUAUUUUCUCAAGCAAAUCGUUUAACUGGAACUUUGAUGAUUCAAUUUUUAGGAUCCACAAUUGAGAAGGUCAAUCUAGUUAUUGAUUGUGUAUCAAGAUCUGAUAAAGAAGCUGAAGAUUUAGAACAUGUGGUUGAAGAUAUGAUUAAUGGUGGUUUUAAAUGUAUUUUAUGUUAG